AGAGAGGUGAUUAGUGUCCUAAAUUUCUGACAGGGGUUAAGUAUGGUAGGGAUCAUCAUAGAGGGGCAAGAAGUAGGUUUUACUGUUUGGAGGAGGAAAAGAUAGUGUCAGUGGAGCCUUGUUCUAAUUUUGCCUAAUUUUGUAGUGUUGGUCUGCAUUCUGGAUUCAUAGCUCUACAUUUGGGUUCCAUUCUCUUCCCCGCCUUGACCAGUUUAAACACUUUACUUCUCCAUAAAGGGAAUUAAUUAUCAGAAUAACUAUGAGAGUGUAGUAUAAUUGUUAUUCCCCAUUUUACAGAUGAGGAAACUGAGGCUCAGAGAGGUUAAGUGACUUGGCCAAGGUCAAAACAGCUAGUAAGUGGGGGAGCAGGAUUCAAACCCAGUCUAGGAGCCAUGUCCACCUUGUUUCCCUCACUUUUCCCCCGUGUGACGGAGACACUGUGGUUUAACCUGGAUCGACCCUGUGUGGAGGAGACAGAGCUACAGCAGCAAGAACAACAGCAUCAGGCCUGGCUCCAGAGCAUCGCAGAGAAAGACAACAACUUGGUACCUAUUGGCAAGCCGGCCUCAGAGCACUAUGAUGACGAGGAAGAGGAGGAUGAAGAUGAUGACGAAGAUAGUGAAGAAGACUCAGAGGAUGAUGAGGACAUGCAGGACAUGGAUGAGAUGAAUGACUACAAUGAGUCGCCUGAUGAUGGAGAGGUCAAUGAGGUGGACAUGGAAGGCAACGAACAGGAUCAGGACCAGUGGAUGAUCUAGGUAGACAAGGCAGGGUGGCCUCAGGGAAAUUCCAGGCCAGCCCAACUUACCCUGCAUCCCCUGCAAAACCAGCUGAUUUCCCCAGUGUCUGAAAGCUCACCCUUGGGUAUCUCUUCAGCUGCUGCCAGGAACUGGUCUCCUUGGCCCCUCCCAGGCCAUCACUUUGCCCUGGAUUCCCCAGGGCCUGAGCCCAACCCACCUUUCUGCCUAGUACUUCACCCUUUGGUUGCCAGGUAUAGUCUCUUUCUAACUCCCUUUAAUAAAGACACAGGACUGAUUCCCCCCAA